CGCGCUCCGGCAGGCUGCAGCGACCCGCGCAGUGUGCGCUGUGCCUGUGGCACCGUACGGCCUCGCGUCUUACAAAUGUGUCAAAGCAUCGUUCUCGCGUUCCUCGUAUUCCUCCUGCAGACCCAACGCUGCACCCGAGGGAGCCGAUGCCGGCCCACGUUCAGCAGGCAGCUGCUGCUAAAGCCGUGGGCAUAUUAGCCAAGGAGUCAGCAGAAGUGGCUGAAGAGCUGAUCCAGCUAAAAGUGGUGCAUGGCCUGAUGGUUGCGGUGGGGAACCUGGAUUAUCCACUCAGCCAGAGAAAUGCCAGCAUCUCCCUGGAGUAUUUUGUCCGCACAUACCCCUUUGUGGAGGAGCAUGUAAGGAAGGCAGUAGGACACAUGCUGUUCCAGCUCUUUAAGGACUGUCCUGAGACCUGGUACACAAAAAUAGAUCCAGUCCAGGCUGAAGAACUGGUCUCCAAUCUAGUGGACAGCUCCAAAGACAUGACAAAGAUGCAAUCUGCAGAAGGUAUUCCAGAGUUCAGCAAGACCCCCAGGGAACUCUAGAGAUCUGUUCCUGCAAAUGUGUCUUACAGAUGCCCAAGACCAACCAUGGAGCAUUCAAAUCCACACUCCCAUCAUUUGCUACCAAGCACCUGAGUUCUCUAGACUUCAUUCAAGUGGUAUCAUACCCUACUAGCUCAUAUUAAAGUCCACAGUAAACACCUAGUGUUGUUCUGCAUGAUCUGUAGGGUUAUGUCAGGGAAUGUAAUACAGCAGCCAUAUUCUUAGUGCGCACUAUGGAUGGAGGUCACCAUUCAGGGCACUGCCGACAGGGUACACUUUCUACAAAAAACAGGGCAGUUUGAAGUCUAACAUGAGAUACUCUUCCUUUGAAGACAGACAGACAGUCAAAACAUAUUCUGCAAUAACAGUAGAACCCC